AUGGUGGUGUUUGAUCCAGGCAGCCUUACUGCCAAUCCCCAACUCCAGCAAGCCCUCGCCCGAAUGGAGCAAGAUCGAUCAAUCGACUACACGGACUACGCAAAACUCCUCAAGCAGUGUGGAGAUUCCAAAUCCCUCGAGGACGGAAGGCUCGUCCACACGCACAUCCAAACCAAUGGCCACGUCCACAACAGAUUCCUCACGAACCACGUCAUUCACAUGUACGGAAGAUGCGGCAGUGUGGAAGAUGCCCGCAAGGUCUUUGAUUCCAUGUCCGCCCCAAACGCGCAUUCCUGGAAUAUCAUGAUCACGGCAUAUGCCCAGAACGGGCAUCUUAACGAGGCGAGAUGCCUCUUCGCCCAGAUGCCCGACCUGGAUGUUGUCACAUGGAACGGAAUGAUCACGGCCUAUUCUCAGAACGGGCAUCCCAGAGAUGCCCUCGGGAUCUACUUCACCAUGAACUUGGAGGGUCUCCGGCCCAACAAGGUGACGCUCAUCACCAUUCUAAACGCGUGCUCCAAGCUCGGGGAUUGGCACCAGGGCAGGAUCCUCCACGACCAGAUCGUCACCACCGGGUACCUCGCUGACGUCAUGGUCGCGACUGCGCUGCUCGACAUGCACGGAAAAUGCGGCCGUACAGAGUACGCGAGGCGUGUGUUUGAUGCGAUGCCGGGCAAGAACGAGGUAUCUUGGAGCGCCAUGAUAUCGGCAUAUGCCGUGAACGGGCAUAUGCUCCAAGCUGGGAAUCUUUUCCGUGCGCUGCCCGAGUGGAACGUGGUGGCGGCCACGGCCAUGGUCCAGGGAUAUGCCCUGAAAGGGAAUCUCGACACGGCCAAGGGAAUGUUCGACGAGAUGCCGUGGAGGAACGCUAUCUCGUGGAAUGCCCUCAUGGCGGGAUAUGCCCAGAAUGGGCAGGGCGACACGGCCGUCGAUCUAUUCCGGCGCAUGGAUCUGGACGGUGCACAGCCGUGUACGGUAUCGGCCGUCAUCGCCGUGGACGCUUGCACGGACACGGGCGCCAUGGCUCAGGGCCGUGCCGUACAUUGGAGCCUCCGCGAGUGUGGGAUGGACGCCGACGUAGCGGUCGCGAAUUCUCUCGUGAAUUUCUUCGUGCGCUGCGGCCGGAUCGACGAGGCGAUGGGGAUUUUCGGGGGAAUCCGGCGCAAGAAUGUGGUAUCGUGGACGGGCGUGAUGAUCGCCUUCGCACAGCAGGGCGAUGUCGAUGAGGCGAUGCGCGUCUUCUUCGUGAUGCAAGCCGAGGGAGUGGAAGCGGACGAGAUCGCCUUCAUGAUAAUCCUGGGCGCUUGCAGCCACAGCGGCGUUCUAGAGGAUGGAAUCCACUGCUUCACCUCCCUGGUCCAGGAUUACAAGAUCCGGCCGGAGCUGGAUCACUACCUGUGCAUGAUCGAUCUCCUGGGGCGAUCGGGGCUGCUGUUCGAGGCCGAGGAUCUCAUCAACACGAUGCCGUUCGAGCCCGAUGCGGUGGCGUGGAGGAUCUUGCUCAAUGCGUGCCAGAUGCAUGGGAAAUCCGAGGAUGGAGCCGCGGCGGCGAUGGAGCUCUUUGGCAUCAAUGGCAAGGAGCGAAGCUCCUCGCCAUACGUGAUGAUUUCAAAUAUGUGGAGGAAGAAGUCCAAGAAACCCUAG